CGCCACGCACACGCACACUUGCGGUCGCACUGGGAUCUACUGCUGGCUGCACUUGUAGUAGAACUAUCGUCAAGAAGAGGGACGAGUUGAAGGGGAAGCGAGGAGCUACAAGAACGUGGCUGCGCCCGGACGCGUCUGCGGAGCUUGUCGUCGCCGGUAAAGUGACGUUAGGCGGCGGUGGGAUGCGUGCCAUGUACGCCGUGGAGUGGAGGCUCGAUAGCAUCAUGAGAGAAAGCUUUCUUUGGCAUUUCUACACACGUCGCUUCUGUUGUGGCUUCCUCUGGAGUUACCUGAACAAGCGAGUCGGAGGUGUGUGAGUGCGUAGACAAGUUUGAAGAGGGUCCUGCUUGCUGGAUGUGGCGCCAUGGAAAUGCACUCAAGACUUCGAGCCUUGGUGAUCUUCUGGUGGAUUGUUCAAGGUGACAGCAACAAGGUGGAAAUCCCGCGGGAGGAGAUGGAAGUGGUGAAGGGCCAGAUGGUGGUGCUGCACGCCUGGUACAGCCCCGGUUCGGACAUUUCCAAAAACACUGUUGUUUGGCACUUCACCGGGAAUGAGUCCAAACAGGUGAUAAACUUCAGCUCAGGGGAAGUGGGCUAUGGCCAGAACGACUUCAGCAAGCGUGCGGGAUUCAGCGCCGCCAUGCCGUCCGCCAACCUCUCAAUUUUCAUCAACAAUACGCAAGAGUCCGACUCUGGGCGUUACGUGUGUGAUGUCAUCAUACCCGGAGGCCCUGGCAUUUCGGGACAGAUGCACCUUAAUGUGAAAGUCCCACCAUCGCCUCCAGUGUGCACCAUGACGGGUGAGCCCGUCGUCAACGGCAAUGUGACACUGAGUUGCAAAUCCACUCAUGGAAAGCCUGUUCCUCAGUACAAGUGGACAAAGACCGCUCCCAUGCAGGAAGUCUUCUUCUCGCCCAUGCAGAAAUGGAGGCCAUGCCCUCAGCCUAUACUGGUCCUGGGGUUUAUGGACGAGAGACAAGGCACCCUGCGGCUCAGCAACCUGACCAAAAGCAUGUCGGGGAAGUACAUCUGCCGGGCAAGCAACACAGCCGGCUCAGACAGCUGCUCCAUUAACCUGGAGGUUAUCACCUCUACCAAUGCGGGCAUGAUCGCAGCCGCCACACUGGGCUCCAUGGUUGGGCUGGUUGCCAUGGUGCUUUUCCUUUUAUUUGUCCUGAGGAAAAGGCGGGACACUGAAGAGGAAACGGCCAAUGAAAUCAAGGAAGAUGCUCAGGCACCAAAACGAGUGUCAUGGGCCAAGAGCAACACUGGCUCGGAUGUUGUAUCCAAAAACGGCACACUGUCAUCCAUCGCCACCAGCCCUCGACCCGGAGACCACCAACGCCAGCCCGCCUUCCACUACCCCUACUCGCCCUCGUCCACCACCGACACGGGUUCCGUCAUCAACGCCUACCAACUGCGCCCAGGCGAAGCCAACACCUUGCGGGGCCUGCCGGGCUACAACGCAGGCGGGACGCCAUCGCGCAAACACAGGCGGCCUCCCACUGCCAACGGGGGCCCACCACAGGUCGUCCGCAUGCCCCCGGCCAGGACGGAAGGGGCUCAGCCUCAGACGCCGCCCGCCUUCACGACAUCCCCGCGAGCUAGCUCGUCGUCCACACUGACCCGAGCGGGAACGGUGGCCGUCAUGGUGCCUGCACAGAGCCAAGCCGGCUCCCUGGUGUAGCCUGUGAUUGGACAGGAAGGGGCGGGCUCUCACGUUUCUCUGCCUUGUGACGGGACUUCUCCGUGACCUCUUGCAAGGAUGUUCUGUUUCUUCAUCUCACUGACUUUUUUUUUUUUUUUUUUUUCACUGUAGAAUAUUCUAGUUUUCUGAUUAGCAAAUGGCUUAGUUCGAGUAGUUUUCAUGCACAUUUCUUGUUGAUGUCUCUCAGGCUUAAAAAAAGAAAGCUGCAAUGAAGAGCAAAGUCAAGCAAAAAAACAGUAAACCACAAUUCAGGUUUAUAGAAUUGAAUGGUUGUAGAGCAUUAGGUGUGUUGCUUUUGAUGGUAGACAGAAUUGUUAGCAAAAAAAUGUGAACACAGCGGGUGGUGUUGGACUAUUUUUUUUUCACGUUUAAAAACAUCCAGGGGCCCAGGAGACAUCCCGUAAUCGACCAUGCUGGUUGUGUCAUGGAAUUUAUAUUACUGAAAAAUUGUAUAUACAUAAGGCAUUAUUUAAAAAUGUUAAGCAGCUAUGUGUAGCAUUGAAAUGCAGUUUUGAUUGUUGAAAGUUGUUUUGCAUUAAAAGAAUAUGGUACAUCAACUGUCUUUCAAAAUCGAUUUUAGCAUUACCUUCAUCCUCUGCCAAACCAGGUUCCACUGUAGUAACACACUGGCCUUUGACAGGCGGUUAACCAUUUUUAUUUAUAGGGCACCCCUUAAAUUGGACUUCUGUCGUUGUCAGAUGUAGGCAAUAUGUUAAACAGGAUGAUUUUUUAA